ACUUGUCCUGCAAUUGAAAACUAUUUAAACGGUCCCAGAGCUUUGCUAGAACGGAAAGUUUCAAGCUUCCGAACAUAGACCUCGAGCUAAGCGUCAUCCUACAUCUCGUUCCGCUGCAUCUACUUCGCGUCGCCGCAUAAUACUUCCCGCCUCCUAGUUCAACCCGGGAACUCGUUCAAAAUGCGUUUUUCAGCUGCCAUCAUCGCCAUGAGCACAUUCUUGCCUGGCAUUCUGGCCUUCAAGUGCGCAUCGGGCUGGUAUGGGGAAUGCUACUACGACCACACCAAUAGCGAUGGUACCGCCACUCGUUGCGCCCUCAAGUGCACUUCUGGUCCCGUCAAUGUUGAGUGUCACUGCCCCGACACAUAUCCUGGUCAGCCCUGGCCCUACACCGGGAAGCACGAGUGCAUCACCAUCGGUAAAUACAACGGUCGCCACCAUUGUUAUGCUUGAAGUGUGGGGUUGUGUCGAAGCAAUUGUAUCCGUACAUAUAGCUUAGUGUCGCAAGGACCGCUGUUUUCCCUCCCUUCUUUCGGAGAACCACAGAUCUAUUCAGCCAUCCCUUACUUCGGCCACAACAAUGCCGGCCUCCCUUACAUUCGUUGGAAUAGUUUCAUUUUCUCCCUGGAUUCGGACCUCCGUUGAGGCUGCCUUGGCCGAAAUUCCAAGGCCAGAUUCUCAGGUAUAAUAGAAGUAACAGACCCUCCGCCUUGGGUCCUGUUCUCCUCGGGCAAUUCAGACAAUUCAAACCCUCCUGUAUCAAUACCCUACUUCUUCUGUUGCCUUGUGAAUGCACGUGACGCUUAGGUAUAGGAAGGCGGGCGAACCAUAACAUAGUAGAGCUAGACAGACA